CCUGGAUGACGUCAGCCAGACGUUUCCAUCAUGGCGGCGGAGGGAUGUGAGGAGAUGAGCGGCAACGGGGAGCUCGAAGAUUCUCCAGCCAUGGAUGCCUCUGAGGUUCCACCACCACCUCCGACUGAGAUGUCAGAGAUGUCGGAGGAGAACGGCAGCGCUGCUGUGGCCCCUGAGGUUCCUGUAGGCCCCGACCCUGCUUCCUUCUCCGUUCCUCCAGCUGCAGAGGACGAGGAGGGGGAACUACCUGCAGACUUUGAGCGUCUGUGGAAAGCUGCUCAUGACAAUCCUCAAGACUUCACCAGCUGGACCGAUCUGCUGCAAUACUGCGAACAAGAGAGUCACGUCACAGCUUCUCGCAGAUCGCUAGAGGCCUUCCUCAUUCGCUAUCCGCUUUGCUAUGGCUACUGGAAGAAAUUUGCAGAUCUGGAGCGCCGGGCAGGAUUCAACGACAAAGCAGAGGAGGUGUGUAUUCAGGGUCUUCAGUCAAUCCCUCUGAGUGUAGAUCUGUGGAUUCACUACAUCAAUCUGCUGUUGGGAACGCUGGACAUGAACCUGCCCGAGUCGCCAAAGCGGAUUCGCAGUGUGUUUGAGGAUGCAAUUGCGGCAGCAGGUCUGGACUUUCACUCUGAUCGGCUUUGGGAUCUGUAUGUUGAGUGGGAGAAGGAGCAGGGCAACAUGAAGAACGCAGCAGCCGUCCUGGACAGAGUCCUCAAAGUCCCCACUCAGCUUUACAACACCCACUACGACAAGUUUAAGGAACACCUAAACGGCCACGAGCCUAAAGAGGUGCUUUCUUCAGAGGAGUACGAGGAGCUGAGGACGAUGUGCCGUCAGAAUCAGAAGGCCGAACGAGCCGAACAGGCCCAGGAGGAGGAGGAGGAGAGGCCGCCAGGGGAGGAAGAACCUGCCACACCCGAGGGUACAGACAGUGAGGAAUUGAUGCAGAAGAUUAGGGAACAAGUGCUGGUUCGCAGGGACAAAGUUUACCAGGACAACGAGGGAGAAGUUCGCAAGAGAUGGCACUUUGAAGACGCUAUCAAGCGGCCAUACUUCCAUGUGAAGCCACUUGACCGCCUCCAGCUCCGGUCCUGGCACUCCUACCUGGACUGGGAGAUCGCUCAGCUGAACGCAGACACCAAAGACCCCAGCCAAGAUCCAAACCAAGCAGCCACAGAGGGGUCAGAGGUCACGACCCAGCCUCAGGAGGCAUCAGAAGAUCCUGCGGUUGCCCAGGACGACCACCGAGUUCGCAUUCUCUUUGAGCGCUGCCUAAUUGCCUGUGCGCUGUAUGAGGAGUUCUGGAUCAGGUACAUUCAGUAUCUGGAGCCGCAGAGUGUGGACGAGGCUCGGGCUGUUUAUAAACGAGCCUGUGAGGUCCACCUGGCUUACAAACCCAACAUCCACAUGCAAUGGGCCACCUUCGAAGAGAGGCACGGUGACUUAACUGAGGCUCGGCGAGUGUUGGAAGCCCUGGAGAAAACUCUGCCAGGCUUGGCGGUUGUCCGUCUCCGCAGAGCCGCUUUAGAGAGACGAGCGGGCCAGCUGGACCAAUCAGAGGCCUUGCUGAGGGAGGCGGUGGCAGAAUCCAAAGAGAAGCCCACGUUACACGCUUUCUACUCCAUCAAGUUGGCUCGUUUGCUGCUGAAACUGGGCAGAAACCCCAGCAGAGCCCGCAGGGUUUUACAGGACGCGCUGGAAAUUAGUCCGGAUAACGAUAAACUGCACAUGAACCUGUUGGAGCUGGAGGUGUCGGGGGAACCCUGGACGUCAGCGGAGGCGGUGCAGGAGUGUGUGACGCGAGCCCUGGCAGCUCCACUCGCCCCACACACCAAGAUCAUGUUCUCACAAAGAGGCCUGCAGUUUGUAGAAGACUACAGCAACUCUAUCCAGAGUGUGCUGUCGGUAUAUGAGGAGCACCAGAAGCUGCUGAACGAGCUGGGAGGAACCAAGAGAGGAGCAGAGAACGGGGACGAACCAGACGAUCCAGAAAAACUGAGCAAAAGUGAAGACGGUUCUGCUGUCGCUGUGUCUGCACCUCCCACUAUGCCACACGUCCCCAUCACCACGCCUCCUCCAAACAUGAUGGGCACCGACAUGAGCGCACAGGCCGGCUACGGAGCAUACAGCAACUGGUACCAGCAACCACAGUACGGCAGCUACGGCUACCAGAACACCUGGAACUACAACCAGGGCUACUAUCCACCCAGCUAAAGAGAGCAGCUGUGGCACCAGGAGACCACAGGAAUCCAUGUGACCCAGCUGAACAACAAACUGAACCACCCACUCCUGCGGGUCCACCUGCUCAAACAUAUCCCAGCAUCCCUCUCUCCCCUCCGUCCGUCCUCGAGGUCUCUCAGUGUCAUGGAUUUGUGAAAACGAGGAGCGGAGCUCAUUGAACACGUCGCGUCAUUUCAUUGUUGAUUCAGCAGGCGGAGAGACGACGAAAACAGUGACGCCCAUUUUCAGUACAGUGUCUCUGCAUUUUAAUCAGAACUAUUUUUAUAUUUGUUGGCAAGCCGAACCCCUUUGCUCGUGUUUUAAAGUCAUCCAGUGUAUCCAACUUGACAGAUGAUGUAUGAAUGACAUUUUGUACCAUUCCACAGAGUAGGCUAUGUUGUUUUUUCUAAUGUACAUAAAGGUGUUUUAUAGUGUGUCACAACUGAGCUGUUUUGUCUCGUGUGUUUGUUUGCUUGUGUUUCCAUGAAGGUAAAAAAAAAAAAUCGACUGUUAAACUCACUCAUUGUGAAAAUCUGUUUGGAGGAGGAGGAUUGUGUCCUGCUCUCGUCUGGGACUUCCUGUACUUGUCAGGUCGGGAGGAAUACAACACAAGAGAAAAUAAAGUGUUAGCUUGACAGGCACAAACAA